CUCUUAUCAGGCGUGAGAAACGUCUGUGUCGAGAGCGCUCCGCCCUCUCGGAUCGACCCUUCUGGGCUGAUGCAUAAAAACCGUUGGAUCUUAGCGUAGGAGCCUGAAGCAGCUAAAGAGGCUGAGCUACGUAGUGCCAGAGUGAACUUAUUUUGCCAUCCACUAGCCCAGGAGGAUGUCCAGCACCCCAGUAGCUGUGGUGACCGGGGGCAACAAAGGGAUUGGAUUUGCUAUUGUGCGGGCUCUGUGUAAGCAGUUCACUGGGGAUGUGUACCUGACAGCCCGGGACCCAGGACGGGGUCAGGUUGCGGUGACAAAGCUGCAGCAGGAGGGACUGAACCCACUUUUCCACCAGCUGGACAUCGAAGAUCUGCAGAGUAUCCGGACUCUGCAGGACUUCCUGAAGGAGAAAUACGGAGGGCUGAAUGUGCUGGUUAAUAAUGCAGGGAUUGCUUUUAAAGUUGCUGAUACCACUCCAUUUGCUAUUCAAGCAGAGGUUACAAUGAGGACAAACUUUUUUGCAACAAGGGACGUCUGCACGGAGUUGCUACCCCUCAUAAAGCCUCAUGGCAGAGUAGUGAAUGUAUCUAGCAUGGGAAGUGUAUCCGCUCUGGCAAGAUGUAGCCGGGAUCUGCAGCAGAAGUUUCGUAGUGACACAAUCACUGAGGAGGAGCUAGUGAAACUCAUGACAAAGUUUGUGGAGGAUACCAAGAAUGGAGUGCAUGAGAAGGAGGGCUGGCCAAAUACUGCUUAUGGUGUGACCAAAAUUGGAGUCACGGUCUUGUCCAGAAUCCAGGCCCGGAUGUUGAACAAGGAAAGGAAAGCUGAUCGAAUUCUUCUAAAUGCCUGUUGCCCUGGAUGGGUGAGAACCGACAUGGCAGGUCCCAAUGCCACUAAAAGUGCAGAUGAGGGAGCCGAGACUCCAGUUUAUUUAGCCCUUUUAGCCCCUGAUGCUGAUGGGCCUCAUGGGCAGUUUGUUAGUGAAAAGAAAGUGCAAAAGUGGUAAUCCUUUAUUUGUAUAUGUGAGAUGCAGUCCAGAAACAAUAUCAGAUAUUACUAAUUUAUUGUUGGUACCAAUAAUAGUUAAGCAUCUGUAAAUGUCUUUGCCAUUUCUAAUAUCUUAUUAGGGUUUAUAGAAUAUACACAAGGUUUCUGCUAUUGCAAAAUAAUUGCAGUUUGGAAUAGUGCAUGAAUUAAACUGUGCCUUUAAUUCAGUUUUUAAAGGUAUGAAAAGUGUUGAAAUAAAAAAGUAUAGUUUUAUAAGCUAAAAUGCAUUUGUUGAAAUUUAUAUUCUCUUUAGUGGUGGUGGGGGGAAGAGGUGUGUUCUUUUUAGUGAUUUCACAUACUGUUCCUGGUGAGAUUAUGAUGUCUAACUAUUUGAUCUUAAAAGUAACCAUAUCAGUUUGAAAUAGAAAGUCAUUCCAUUUUAAGUGAGAUGGCAAAGAUGGAUGACUUGGCAUAGAUUAAUGUGAAACCGUUCCUGCAAAUAUAUUCUCAGCCCAGAAGUCCCCAAGAGACUGCUUAUGCUGUUUAGUUGAAUGCUUCUUCAAACUCUUCAGUAUGUAGGGCUUCAUUCUGCUCCCACUGAAGUCAGCAGCAAAAUUCCAUUGACUUCAAUGAGAAUAGGAUCCAACCGGGGACACUCAAUCUUCUGAAGCUAAAGAGUAGUUUGAUAAUUCAAAGUAAAGGCUUGGAGAUACUAGAUCUAUAGUCAGAUUCACCCUGAGAGUAAUUUUUAGCCCAUUGUAAAUUAAUUCACAUUUUGUAUUUAUUCUCAUGCCCACAGUGAAUUAAUAAAUUCAGGUAGUCAUAGCCUUUUGUCCACAGCUUCAGAAUAAAUUAACCUAGUUCCUAUGGUAACAAACAAACAAACAAAAAUAGGGUAACAUUUAUUGCUGAUUUUCACCUCACUCUUCUAAUACUACAAAACAUGAACAGUUCAACUGCUUGAUAAGUGCCAUGUAAACAAAUAAUUUUAAUUUAUUGCAGCUCUAUGCUGAAUGCCCUGACCAACACACCCAAGAGAAGCAGUGAGAACUCUGUGGGGUUUUUUUUUUUUUAAGUAUUUUUAUAAUUCUUUCUCCCAAACUUUCAUCCCCAGGCUUCUAUGCACAGAUUGAGUUGUAAGGAUAGCAGAUAAACCUGAUUUAUCAGGAUUAUUUUAGAUUGUAACUUCAUUAGGACAGGGACUGUCUCUUACUAUGCAUUUGUACAAUGGGGCCUUACAUUUAUGCUUAACACAGUGACACUUUGACUGAGGUUCACGAGCCGCAAGUGGCUGUUUAAUGUGUCUCCUGCGGCUCUUUGCAGCAAACGAUAUUAAAACGCAGUGUGAUUUAAUUAUUAGCCCAUCAGGAGGUUCUUACUAUGUUAACCAAUUAAGUUAUCAACUUGCACUAAGUUAUUAACUUAUUUGCUGUGAGAAUAUUCUAGAUAUAUAAAACUAAAUAUUUCCCUGUCAUUCAUAUUACUGUGGCUCUUCUUGGUAAUGUUGAUUGUUAAUUUGGCUCCUGAACCACUGAGAUAUGAGUAUCACUGCUGUAUUAAAUAUAAUUUAAUAAUAAUACCAAAUGGAAAAACUUAUUCAAACUGCCUCCCAGGCAUACUCCACAACACAGAAAUACCACUCGUCUGGCCUUGUCCAAUGCUUGUGAUCUGAGCAUAAACAAGCACACUCCCAAAUGAAAUAGUGGAAGUGAAGCCACCUAUUAUUGCAGCUUUACUACAUUUCUGCAUAUUAUAGCCACUUUCUGUUUCACUCAGGCACCAAAAAUAUAAGAUCACAGGUGUAUGUUGGGGUGGUUUCUGAGACCUCAUCAACCUGGUUCCCAAGAACUCCACUCUACUCCAAAUUCAUUACUGAGGUUUCUUUACUGGCACACAAUCAAACUAUACUUGAGUAGAUCAGGAUGAAGAAUGGGAGUGGGUACAAGGGAUGCCAGACAUCCAAACUUCCUGCCUUAAUGUAGAUUUACACUUCACAUUACAUUCACUAUACAUUGCAACACAUGUGAGAUUGGCUUGGUUACUUUGGAGGAACCAAUCUCUGUACAGCAUGCUCUAUCCACAUGGUAUCCAUGUUUGACUUGACUUUACUUUCUGCCUCAUCUUUACACUCCCAAUUUCCCUUGUCCAUUGGUAUCUUGUUCUUAGUAAAUGGUUCCCUGGUGUUCCCCCACUUAUAUUAGCGAGCUCAGACAUUGUCUUUUAGCUUACUGAUCCAUUUGCUUAUUUUAGCACAAACAUUUCAUUUUCAGCCUGCUGAUCCAGUUACCUCCCUAAUCCUGUCUUCCAAAAAAUGAGGCUUCCCCUAUAUUCAAUUACGUAUGUCAAGCCAUCUUCUAUUCCAUUGCUUUUCUUUUUAUUUCUUUUCUUUUCUUUUCUCCAUAAUUAUUCAUUUCAUUUGUAUCAUCUUCCUGUCUUUUUGUGCCUUCUUCCUAAGUUUAUUACCUUGCAACACAUUCCCAAUAGUUGUAAUUAUUUGAAUCCCCAUAAAUACUAGGCUCAAAGUACGAACCAGGACCUGGGGGGAGCACUGGGGUCGGGGCUUCAGCUCCGCAGAGGGCACUGGGGCACACAGCCACCUGAAAAACAAAACACAACCUAUUGUGGCUCUUCUUUGGAGCCCUUAUUGGAUUUUAAUUAAGUACCAUGUCUUGUUUACAUUCCUUUUACUGUGUAAAUUGCACAUGUAAUAGAAAUGUACAUUCCUUUCAUAAUUUAACCUCUACUUUUUACUUGCUAUAACAUAUUAGGCAUAUCAAUGUAAUUAUAUAAUUACUAUUAUUAAUAAUUACUUUUCUUCUGCAGCUCUUUUAGCUGUUCCUUUAUUACUGAAAAUGGAUACAGGGUCUCUUCCCCAUAAUCCUGGGUGUGGCUGCCCUUUAAGUCCCUACUUUUAUUUACUAAUUUGUAUUUAACAUUUACAACUUAAUUUAAAAAAUGUUAAACGUUGUAAAAGUAUUAAGACACCCCAAGUGUUAAUUAACAAAGUUAAGGCUGCCAGGAAACACUGGCUGCUGCCCAAAGAGUGUCUUGUCAGCUUUGCAAACCUUGAAUGAAAGAUUCAGAUGGAUUUUUAGUGGAAUCUUUUGAAAGCCACAUGUACAUUUUCUUUUUAAAUAGAUGUUUUCUUAAAUUCUGAGGUCCCUUGCUAUGUUGUAUUUAUGUAUGUUUAUUAUGAGAGACCAAAUAAAUAUUUUAAACUUGCUA